UAUGUCCCUCCUCGGACACCGUAGUGAAUACAUGGGCCACAGAGAUCAUGUUGAAGGUGACAGGCAGUGCCAUGCCGGGAGUUCUGAGUUUGUUGCCGAUCACCGUCGUUGCUGCUGCCGCAGACGGGGAAAGAGAGGCGGCCGCCCCGUUACACCUAGAUGAACUGUCUUUGUACACCGCUCCUCAGCAGAAGUCUGGGUAUGUGGAGCCUGAAGGGGGUCAGCUGGAGGAGAGUGUCGCCACCCUCAGGAAGUUAGCGGAGCCAUACACGGAUUGGUGUCAGGUCACCUACAACCAAAUUAAACCCAAAGUUCAAAGUGUCGUCCGGUUUGGGAAUGACACCUACGCCUACUUGAAGAACCCGCCGAAGGACUUCUAUCCCCGGGCGGGAGUCAUCGGCUUCACCGGUGUCCUGGGACUCUUUCUCGCCAGAGGCUCCAGGAUUAAAAAGCUCAUCUACCCGGCGGGUUUGAUAGCCUUGAGCGCCUCCCUCUACUACCCGGAGAAGGCUGCGGAAAUCGCAAAGUCAACCGGAGAGUCCGUGUACGACCGCGCUGUGCAGGGCUACGCUGCCGUGGAGGAGAUGCUGAAAUCUCAGAGCAAAACCGGCUCAGAAACUAAACCCUGAGGAUCCCGGUGUGAUUGGGCAACAACUCGGCGAUAAGGAAUCAGCACUUGCCGACACUAUACAACCGAGACAGGCUGUGUGUGUGUGUGUGUGACUUCCUCAUGCCCACUUCUUGCACUCAAGCUUCACAUGUAACUCAGGCCGGGCAUGGCCUGUCACAAGGGGUUUGCAACUUGACUGAUUAACUUCUGCUUCUGAUCUGAAUGUAUAUUUACUUAGAGAGUUAAUAAAAAUCAGUAGUCUUACAGUAAAA